AUGGAUAAAGGCGAGGGCUUGUCCGAAAUAUUCGAGGAAUCUUACGACGAUAUUUUCAGCAUUCUGGAAGCACUUGAGAGCGGUUCGGAUUGCAACAACUCCACGAAGGGCAACGAGAGCUUCGAGUUUCAAAAAUCUGUUUAUAAUAUUAGUUCGCCGUUGAGCGGUUUUUUGGAGUUGGAGGCAGAAAUCGAGUUAGCUCCUUCUUCUUCUUCUUCGCCCGGUCGAAAGAGACAAAAGCUCAGUAAUGUGGGCCCGCCUUUAGGUUUGAACGCGGAAGAAGGGCAGCCGAGAGUUUCUCAUAUCACGGUCGAGAGAAAUCGGAGGAAGCAAAUGAACGAGCAUCUAUCUGUGCUUCAACUGAACCUCCAAUUUUUUCCCUGUGGCCUAAAAUGUCGUAACACUCUUGGUUUUUCCAAGGGCGACCAAGCGUCGAUUAUCGGCGGUGUAAUCGACUACAUAAACGAGUUGCAACAAGUUCACCAAUCUCUCGAGGCCAAAAAGCAAAGGAAAGCCUAUGUAGACGUCUUGAGCCCGAGGCCCGUCAUAAGCCCGAGGAAGCCCCCAUUGAGCCCGAGGACCCCUCAGCCAAGCAGCCCGUAUAAGGCCCGGCUGCACAAUCUGCAGCCCACGGGCUUCUCGAGCCCGGUCGAGCUUUCGCCUUGCAAUUCCUCGACUUCUUCUAUUAAUGACAGUGUUAAUGAGCUCGUGGCCAGCUCGAAAUCUGCUGUGGCUGAGGUUGAGGUGAAAUUCUGCGGCCCGAACCUGCUGCUCAAGACGGUUUCGGGCCGGGCUCCGGGCCGUGUUGUGAAGGUAGUUUCCACUCUUGAGGAGCUCGGGCUUGAAAUACUGAAAGUGAAUAUCAACAUGGUUGACGAGAAAAUGCUGAAUUCGUUUACUAUAAAGGUUGGGAUUGAGUGCCAACUCAGUGCAGAAGAAUUGGCCCAGAAGAUUCAGCAUAUAUUCCAGGCUAAUUAAUUAGUGGCCCAGAAGAUUCAGCAAAUAUUCCAGGCUAAUUAAUUAAUGAUUAACACGGGUUAAUUUGUGUUAAUUCUUAAUUAAAUAUAAUAAAUGUAAGUUGUGGAUUAAUAAUUAAUCGGUCAUGGCUAGUACUAUUACUAAAUUUUAGCGACUUUUGUGUUUAUGUAACUCUUUGGGUGAAGAUCUCAUGGCAGAUGAGAGACUUUUAGUUUGUAGCUUUAUAUAUUAGUUCCGUAACUUUUCCUGAUUACUGAAAGUCUGAAAGUAAGUUCAUCAAUAAUAGUUAGUAAUUUUUAAAAUUGUCGAA